UAUGUUUGCAUGAUGUGAAGCAUGGCAUGCAUUUCCCUACACCAUUAGUCUGGUGAAAGGACAAAUGAUACUUGUAGAAGACAGAUGAUUAUUUCCUCUCUUGAUAGGCAAUUGUAUUGUUAGCGUGAUCUGUUCAGGUGCUAGCUGACUUGGUCCUCUCCCUGUAACUCCACGAUCACACGUCCCUGUACACCAUGAGCUCAACUGCUCCUGCACACGUUCUGUGCACACGAUGUACAUGUAAAGCUAUAUAAGCUGAUCAAUACAAUGAGAAGCACUUAAGGUGCAUUACCAUAUCUGUCUUCAUGGUAUCAGUUGCUCUCUCCUCCUGAGACCUGCGACGCUCCUCUUCCGCUGCCUCCUCGCCGUCGAGUGCGCCAUGGCCACCCCUCCCCCAGGCUUUGUCCGCGAUCUCGCCGGCGCUUUCAACCAGGCUGGUGCGCCCGCCGCUGCACCUGCUGCGAGUGCUGCGCCUCCUGCCCCAACCCCUGCGGCCACCGGCGCCGCUGGCCCCUCGGCUCUCUCUCCUUCCGCGGCCACUGCACCUCCACCAGCUGCGGGUGCAUCUGUUCCUCUGGCGACCAUGCCGCCGGCCACGGCUGCCCUCUUCCUACCCCCUGCGUCGGGCCCUGUUUUUCAGGCCACCGUCGCUGCUGCUGCGCCGGCCCCCGCACUGGCCAGCGUCUACAUCAACCAGCAUGUGCCCGUGGUGCUCUCCCUCAACCCGUCCAACUACUCCACGUGGCGCACCCUGUUCGAGCUGACGUUCUGCAAGUUCGGCGUUGCCGAGCACAUCCUCGGCGCCCCCCGUCCGCACGAUCCUCAAUGGGUCCAGGACGACGCCUUUCUCUGCUCGUGGCUGUACAACCGCGUCUCGCCGGAGAUCCUCGGCCUUGUCCACCAGCGUGCUCCGACGGCUUCCAGCGUCUGGCGCGCCAUCGCCACGCUCUUCCUAGACAACGCGGAGACGCAAGCCGUCUUCGUCGGCACCGACUUCCGCAGCCUGAUGCAGGGCGACAUGCCGAUGAUGCGCUACUUCGCGCGUCUCAAGGAGUACGCCGAUCAACUCGCCGACCUCGGCUACCCCGUCGACGACAAGGCUCAGGUCAUGAACAUGUUCCGCGGCCUCAACCCGCGUUACUUCUAUGCCAUUCCCAUUCUGACCAUGCAGCUCCCGUUCCCAUCAUUCCUGCGCUGCCGUGCCUUCCUCAUCCUCGAGGAGUCACGCCUCAACAUGGCCACCGCUCCGCCGUCUGACACGGCUCUACAUGCUGCUCGCGCUCCGCCGGUCGCCAACAACACCAACACCGGCGCCAACGCCGGGCACGCCAACAACAACGGGCGCAACGGCAACCGCAACCGCGGCAAGGGGAAGGGCAAAGCCCCCAGCGGCGACUCCGGCGGCUCCUCCAGCGGCACUACCGGCACCGGCGGUGCCACCGUCGGCCACAUCGCGCCUCUGCCCAACCCUGGCACGAACCCGUGGACUGGCAUGGUCCACGCUUGGCCCAUGCCGUGGCGCCCGCACGCCCCUGGUGCCGGUGUCCUCGGCCCUCGUCCCGGCGCGCCGUCGCCAUUCGCCGGCCACGCCGCCUAGUACAUGCCUGCACCUCCUCCACAGUACCAGCAGGCGUACCAGCAGGCGUCACUCCCGUACCAGCAGCCUCUGCCGGCGCCCUCUGCUCCAACAUACGGCGGCGCCGCCUGGGACCAGAACGCGCUCGUGCAGGCCCUCAACAACAUGAGCCUCCAGCAGCAGCACGCCACUGCUCCGCCCGCUGGCGAAUGGUACCUCGACACCGGCGCCUCGUCGCACAUGUCGAACUCCUCCGGAUCGGCGAACCAAGACGGUGAUCCUCCGAUGUGACUCCACCGGCGAUCUGUACCCCGUCCGUGUGUCUCCUCCAGCUCGAAGCCUCCACGCCUCCACCAUCACCAGCGCCGACGUGUGGCAUCAGCGGCUUGGGCACCCCGGACGCACCGCUCUAGCUCGUGCCCUACGCGCCAUAGAUCCUAGCUCGUCUAGUCUACUGUCACACACUUGUCAAGCUUGUCACAUAGGCAAAAAUGUUAGAUUUCCCUUUCCAGAAUCACAACACAUUUCGUAUUUUCCCUUCCAGCUUGUACAUUGUGAUGUCUGGACAUCCCCAGUUUUAAGUUCAUCAGGUUUUCGCUAUUACCUCUUGCUGUUAGAUGACUACAGUCACUUCGCCUGGACGUUCCCCUUACGCUUCAAAUCUGAUGCUUUUGCUGCCAUCCGACGCUUCCACGCGCUGGCUGCCACGCACUUCAAUCUUCCCAUACUCACCUUGCAGGCCGACAAUGGCCGCGAGUUUGACAACCAUGCUGCUCGCGAUUUCUUCGACAGUCGCGGCAUCUCACUUCGCAUGUCCUGUCCCUAUACCUCGGCGCAAAACGGACGUGCCGAACGCAUGCUUCGCACGCUCAAUGAGACGGUGCGCGCCCAGCUCACCCACGCUUCCAUGCCGCCUGAGCUCUGGGCUGAAUCUCUCGCCACGGCCACCUUCGUGCUCAACCGUCGGCCAUGCCGUGCCCGUCAGCUACUGACGCCGUUCGAGCUGCUCUACUGCACUCCGCCUGAUUACAGCAACCUACGUGUGUUUGGGUGUCUUUGUUUCCCCAACACCACUCCCACCUCCCCACACAAACUCGCGCCGCGCUCAGCUCCAUGCGUCUUCCUCGGCUACUCAGCUGAACACAAAGGUUACCGGUGUCUCAAUCGAGCUACUGGGCGAGUGCUGAUCUCCCGGCAUGUCUUCUUCGAUGAACAGCAGUUUCCGUUCUCGCGUGCUACCUCAUCUACACCAAGCCCUGUCGAGCUUGAUGAUCUCGUGCCACCGCCCCUCGCACCCACCGUGCCCCACCGUCCUGCACCUAUGAAUGCCUCGUCGCCCCUCGCCGCGGCCUCCUCACCUGUCGAAUCCUCGCGCCUACCGGAUGCCGCACCACCGCAGCUUCGCCUCUGCACCCCAUCUACCACACACUCCCCUCCACCCACGGUGCCCGCGCCCACGCCUGUCGCCCCAGCCACCGUCGCUCCGCGCGCCUGCUCCCAGCCAAACCCUGCUCCCGUGCCCACCCACACCAUGGUCACCCGUGCUCAGCGUGGCAUCUUCAAGCCCAAUCCCAAAUAUGCCCACAUUGCCACCGCUCCAUCACCGAUAUCACCCAUCCCAAAAUCCGUGCGGACCGCGCUACGUGACCCGUCGUGGCUAACUGCUAUGCAGGAUGAAUACAGGGCGCUGAUGAGCAAUCGUACCUGGGAGCUGGUGCCACGGCCGCUGGGCGCGAACAUCGUCACCGGCAAGUGGCUGUUCCGCCACAAGUUCCACGCCGAUGGCACGCUGGAGCGGUACAAGGCGCGGUGGGUCGUCCGGGGCUUCUCGCAACGCCCUGGCGUGGACUUCGCUGAAACCUUCAGCCCAGUGGUGAAAUCGGCAACCGUGCGCACCGUCCUCGCCAUUGCUGCCGCUCGGGACUGGCCUGUGCACCAGAUGGAUGU